UUUUCACAGCAUACUCCCUAGAUCGAUAUAAACUUCACUCAUAAAAAAGAACGCAAGAACAGUUAUGUUGGAAUUAAACGAGCAUUUAAUCGAACUCAGCGACUGACAGUGAUACUUAGAUAGAUGAAAAGAACUUCGUGUAACGCAACUUUUUUAUUUGAAAAUACUUUAUUUGCUCAUUGACAAGAUGAUAUGUUCUUGAACAGAAGUCUAGCAAGCUAGUAGACUGGAUUUACGUGAUCAAGUUGCUUAUUCAUCAAGGAAUAUUGGCAUCCGCAUCUAUUGAGUUUUGGUAAUAGCUGGACGUUGCUAUAAGACAGUCCCAUAUGCCGGACAAGGAUAUGGCGUCACUGUCAUCCGCCGCGUCACACGCGGAUAUACUCGGACAUAUUCAGAAUCUCCGUGCGUCCAUGGACCUCACAGAAGAGCGCCACGUGGACGGCUUCAGUGACAGCGACCAGAGCUUCGCUGAGGAUAACAAGGAAAUUGUACCUAGAGCAGCAAUUGAACAAGAACAGGAUGGAAUUCUAGUGAAAGAUAAAAGUGACACUGGCAUUUUCAACAGACAUAUACCAGGAAUAUUCUAUAAGACACAUGACCACACCAACCCAAAUCACAACCGACCAAAGUCAUCAACCUCAAGCAAAAGCAAAGCGUCUCCACAAACGGUGAAACAAUCCGAUCACAAUGACAACGACAAUAAGCACCACUCGGGUCAUCACCAUCACCACAAUGACCGUCAUGGGGACAAUAACCACAGCCAUAACCACCAUAAACACCACCAUAGCCAUCAUCAUGACCAACAUAAACAUUCCUCACAUCAUCACCAUAGCAACGGACAUCAUCACCACAACCAACACCGUUCAAACGAUAGUGAAAAUAAUGCAGAACCUAAACAAAUUUUGCAGUAUGAUUUACUUGAGCUGAUGCCGAUCAUAGCGGGGCAAAGAUUAGAGGACGUCAACAUGCCGAUCAUGACCCCACCCCCGGAAGAUACUCGGCCAGUUUCCUGUUUCAGUAUUAACAGUCGGGGUGUCGGUAAUUCCCCGAUGUUUGCAACAACUAUGUCAUUCCGAUUUUUUACUGCCGGUGAACAAUUACCGUGUUCAUUCCAAAAACCAACAGUUGAAAAUAAAUCAAAUGACUUAUUAGAAAUAAAUGAUAGAGACCCCGUAAAUCAGUGUUUUUGUUCUGCCACCAACACAACAGAAGAUGUGCUCUCAGGAUGGGAACUCCCUCCCCGAUUAACGAAGACAAAAUGUAACCGAAGGAAACGUUCCUCGAUGAAGCACGGCUCGUCAGACGUCGCGUUUAACCGGCUAACACAGACGCUCGGGAAGGACCCUGUGAUUUUCCACCACUACAAGGACCUGGUGAAGUACAUUGAGCGGUACCGGUUCUACCACACGGUGGGCAACGUGGGACGCCCGCCCGCCUACUCCCAAUACGGCGAGAAGACAAUAGACACAGACCCGUACGUCAGCAAGAUGAGGUCAAACAUCAGGGCCAUCAACAGUCCCAUCUACAGCCAUAUACAGAGUCAGCUACGAGAGCGGCGAGUCGGAUCGGCGUCGAGCACCGAGAGCAGCCGGGAAUGGCCGAACGUGGACGAGGAGAGUCUGGAGGCCAGCAGCAUCGACAGCCGCCUUGUGUCCAUGCGCGAGCGGGGCAAGGCACUCAAUCUGGCGCCCGUGCGCGAGUACACCGUGCCCUGCCUCCAAAAGAGCGACAAGAUGGACGUCAUUCAGAUUAACCAAUACCUUAAUCUCACCACACCACCCACAAAUUGUAUCCAGUUUGAAAUGGAUGACACCAAGGUGAAACGCUAUACCACGCGCAGCUCCACUGAAAGCCUGUUUCCUCUGUCCACUGUCCGCCGUGGAGCCCGCCCGCUCCGCUUGGGGAGUGCGGAAUUUAUAAAACCAGGAACUUUAAUUCAAGACGCGAAAUGGACACAAGAGAAGGGAAAUGCCGCCAACCGUCCGUCCACCUCCACGCCCAGCACCGUGCCGGGAAACUUGAUAGUAGGAAGCACUGCCCCGUCGCCCAUCUUUCGAGCCAAGAGCGCAAAAAUGUCGCCGUAUAUACAAUUUCAGAAAGAACAGCACAAUCUCAUAAAACCGCAGACGCCUCCGCAACACGUCGCCGGCCGGAAGAUGACCGUCACUCUGACAGACCGCGGUGAGGCGUCGUCUGCUUCUAGAGAACGGCGCGGGAAAUUCAGCUACACACAUGCAGCGAAACCCGAAAAACCACCGCCUAUUGUAAAAACGGCAACUGUUAUGGACUUUAACACACAGUACCAAAAUCCGAUGCGCGAACGUAUGAAAACGAUAACUUUAGACGUCAACCAUCUCGGUAUACGGGGCACUACGUUCAAGCGGAGUGAAGAAAUAGCGGUGUAUAAAAUAAGUGGAAGGACGCACUAGAGGGAUUUCAAACCAGUGACAUUUGUUUGAAUGGGUCCGACUCAAAAUUAGUAACAAGCUAGAAGUCAGGUGCAAUCUAUUUUAUGCAAAUUUGACCUCCAAUUAUGUAUUAUAAGAGCACAACUUAAUCUGAGACAUGAAGUGUUGCUUUGAAAUAAAUGUACAAAUAAGUAGAAUAUGAAAUAAGUGUUUCUACGAAUUAGGCACACAUGACCUUGACCUUAGGAAUGAGAGCACAAUCUAAAGCGGAAAACACCUUCCAAGAGUGAUCAUCAUGCUGCCUAAAACGGGCACUGUUGACUGAAACAAAAACAGGGAAAACAUAAGAAUAUUUUUUUUGACAGAAAGGAGAAGUUUGCUUCAUUAAUGACAAAGGCAGGAGGGUAUU